AUGUGGUACUUCUGGCUUAAAGCCGCGCCUUUCACCCAUGCAAUCCCUACUAACAUUACCAUUGACGACACACACGGCGAUGAAGUCACGGGCCUAGUCCCCACGUAUAUAGACCAGGUGGGCAAUACAUGGAUUGCAGGAUCUGGCUGCCAAGGUUGUCACGGUGCCGCACAACCAGACGCCUCGCAAGCACACGAAGGAACGUGGCAUGAUGCUACUCAUACUGAAGGAGUCGAUCCGGGCCCAGUAGUAAACAUCGUGUUCAACGGGACCGCCGUAUAUGCCUACUUCAUACUGGCCAAUUCCGUCCAAGGAGUCACAACGAACACAUCCUUGAACAUCACUCUCGACGACCAGGCGCCGGUACAGUUUACCCACCUCCCAGACCCAUCCUCCGCAGACUACGAGUAUAACGUUCCGGUAUAUACCAAUGGUACAAUUCCGAACGGCGAGCACACGCUCUCCAUCACGUCAGACUCGAUUUCCUCCCUGUUAUUGUUUGACUAUGUACUCUAUACCACCGACUCAAACGACUCGCAGAACAGUUCCUCAUCUCUUUCACCAGAGUCUAAGACCUCAUCCGAAGGUCCUACCACAGCACCCUCGUCCGCAACCUCAUCCCAAAGUCCUUUCACAACAUCUGCCACACCCUCACCCCAACGAUCACGAACACAUCUGAUAGGAGACGUUGUGGGCGGAAUCAGUGGCGUGCUCGUCAUCAUGGCGCUGGUCGCAAUACUCCUUUAUCGGCGCAGAAUGUCACAACGAAGGCGGUCUACUCUGGACUUACAGAUUCAGCCAUCAAUUGUUGAUCCAUUCAUAACCUGGACUCAGCGUACACAGGCGAUAUCCGAGGCAGAUAUCAACCGUACCAUAUCUUCCGCGAAUAAAUGGCCCGCAAAUGGACGACAAGGAAUAUCGGAGAACCUCAAUGAUCACUCUUUCUCCGCAGGCGAAACAACGAAUGAAGUCUCGACGACUGCUGGGGAUGAAGCUGAGAGUCAUCAAGGUGGAGGCGUUAGUCGGCGAACCGCUGAUCCUGGGGAUAGACGAAGGGCUGGGAGGAAUAGCGUCGAUGAUAUUCGCCAUCAAUUCGCCGCCAUUAGAGCUCAAGUGGAGGAGCUGCGGUUGAUGCAAGUGCAACAAGGAAUGAUGCGCGAAGAGGACGCUAUGCCGCCACCCGCAUACGAAGGGGAGUAG